AUCCAUUUGCGCAUACUACGCAACCUCAACUGUUCUAUUAUACCCACGAUUUACAAGGCUUAUCCUGCCGAUAGUUCACCAUCAAGACCUGCAUUAUUACUGUUGUAAAAUAUACGAAAUACCUUUGAUUCGCGAUCGAGAGACACACUCCACGAGACCACCAACACAGCCAUCGUCGCGAUGCCUGGCACGGUCUCAGAGGGUCCAUCAGUCGCACUGUCAUUUGCCAAUAAUUUCUGGGGAAAGGAAGAUGCCGGAGUCAACCCACUCCUCGAGCGCAUGCACAAUGCGAAGCAGACUUGCGAUGAAUUGAAGGCAUUUUAUAAUGCUAGGGCAUCACUCGAGGAAGAAUAUGCACGCAAGCUGUUGGCUUUGGGCCGUAAGCCGCUGGGGUCACAAGAGGCUGGCACCCUACGAGCUUCGAUGGACGUGAUGCGAGGAGAGGUGGAGUCCAUGGGGAAGUCACACCAGAAUGUUGCACAACAGAUGAAGACGGAGUUGGAAGAGCCGCUGGCGGCAUUCGCUGGAGCCCUGAAGGAGCGCCGUAAAAUUGUCCAAGGCGGCAUUGAGAAGCUCCUCAAGACUAAAAUUCAGCAAACCCAAGUAGUUAAUAAGACUCGGGACAGAUACGAACAAGAGUGCCUUAAGAUCAAGGGGUAUCUUGCACAGGGCCACAUGGUCAUGGGUCAGGAGGAGCGUAAAAACAAAGCCAAGCUUGAGAAGACACAAAUUAACGUCGCCACGUCGAAUUCCGAAUACGAAGCUGCCGUUAAGGUAUUAGAGGAAACCACGGGCCGCUGGAAUAGAGACUGGAAGGGCGCAUCCGAUAAAUUCCAAGAUCUCGAAGAAGAGAGGCUAGACUUCACAAAGAGCAGUCUGUGGACCUUUGCGAACAUUGCAUCCACUGUCUGUGUUAGCGACGACGCCUCCUGCGAAAAGAUCCGCCUAUCACUUGAGAACUGCGAGGUAGAGAAAGACAUCCUCUCAUUCAUCAGAGAGUGUGGAACCGGCCAGGAGAUCCCGGAUCCUCCAAAGUAUAUCAAUUUCUGCCGUGGCGAUAUAAGCGACACACAGUCGGAGGCUUCUGAAGACGAUGCCUAUUCCGUGGCACAAUUCCAAAGGACUAUUAAUCCUGCUUUCAGGUCCUCUUCUCCUCAACCUUCCACAUACGAGUCUCACCACGAUCCAAAGUCUAGCCUUGCACGAGAGUUGGGGCACAGAGAGCCAGAGACACCUCCAAGCCGCGAAACUACCAUCACUCCACAGAAAGCAUUGGCCGAUAGGACAGCACAACCACAGGUAGACUACAGGAGAGAACCGAGCAGGUUGCAAUAUGAGCAACCCCAGAAUGGACAACUGGCAUCCGUGCCUUAUGACCCUUACCCAAUGGAUGGUAUGACAAUGCUUUGCCGAACUGGACCACCAUCCGACAGAAGCUCCGCCGUCAGCGGGCUUCGUCCAUCAAGCCGUGAUUCGCACAGCGAAUAUUCCAAUCCGACAUCGUUUUCCAGCAUGGAACCUCCAAGCGGCAAGCAAUCACCCAUUAAGCAAGAUGCUGCGUUUGCACCCGCGGCCGAUAAGUCUGUUCAAAAGAAGAAGAGCGGAUUCUUUCAAAGCCACAGCCCUUUCAGAAGGAAGAGCAAGCACGGAAAGGAGAUCCAAGCGGCAGCCCCCAGCCCAUCAAAUAGAAAUACAUGGUCAGCAAAGCCUGCGUCGAACUACCAAGCUUCCUCGUUUGGUCGAUCCCAGGGCUAUGGCAACUCCCAGAAUAGCCUUACCGAUAGAGAGACCACUGGCGGUGAACCUGUUGACCCCCGAGCAAGUUUCCAGUUGAACGUUGGAAACAAUGUUUUCGAUGUUGCAACGCCCGACCGAAGGAAUACUGCUCCACAAGAGAGGGCAGUGGAUGAACUUGACCCCAUUGCCCAGGCUUUAGCAGAGUUAAAGGGAGUCACUAAACAAUCAUCAUCUCGGGUUUCUGCAGACCAUUACUCUGGAAUGGCGACGCCUGUUCCAGAAUCUGCAAGUGCCUCGCGAACUAGGAACACUCCUAUGGGAAAUGGGGCUUUGGUAGCUGCCACACGUGGGACACCUCCACCUUCGUAUGACCAGCCAGUGUCCAGACUGGAUCUUCCACAGCCUGCCUUCACCUCAAAAGCAAUGCAGCAGACAAGCCAAAAGUAUCAAGCACAAACUCAUAACAUGUUCAACUCUAGCCAGUCGCGACCCGAGCCUCAAGCCGACUAUGGCUCUUCCAGAUCUCGUCCGGGAACGAGGGGCAGCGACAUGCCCAGGGCAACCUCCCCUAUGCCUACCCGAAGUGUCUCCCCGAGACCUAGUCAAUCUAGCCAAGUCAUGAACAAUGAUGGGAGACAGGGAUAUCGUUCUGCAUCGCCAAACCCAUAUGGCGGCAACAGCCAACAGCGAGGAGCACCACAGGCCCAAAGAUACCAACGCUACAAUUCCCCAGGUGAUACCGCACGUUCUGUGUCUCCAGCUCCCUUCAGAGAGAGGCCUGGAAGUAGAAUGAGCGGGGGGGACAUGUCGUUGCAGCUUGCUCCUGCUGGAGAUGAUGGAUAUGGAUCGCAGCAAGGACGACAUGGAGGCGGAAGGCCAAGCACUAGUGGAACUAGCAGGCCCAUGAGCUACUAUGGCGGGCAAGGACGACAGCAGAUUGCUCAGGUGAACCCUCAUCAACGAAGCAAGAGUGUGGCGGACAACAGGCAGUUUAACAGAGAUGGGCGACCUAUUUUACACUUCGCUCGCGCUCAAUACAACUACACGGCCGCAAUCCCGGAGGAGCUCAGUUUCGGGAAGGGCGAUACCCUCGCUGUUUUGAGACUGCAAGACGAUGGUUGGUGGGAGGCUGAGGUUGCAGGCAAAAACCAACGGCCGGGCCUGGUUCCAAGCAACUAUCUCCAGCAGAUCUAAGCAGGAGCUUCAUAAGUAUGGUAAAAUAUGGUAAAGUAAUUUGUUUGGGUAUAGGAGCAAGCGUUAUGGUUGAUUUAUUUUGUAACGAUUGGUAUUUGCUGUGCGAGUUAUGUGCCUGAGCUUCGACUCCGGAAUAUGCACCAAUGUUUACGUAUACGUAUAGUUCUCAUGAAUUCAAAUCCUAUUCAAA